AUGAGAGCAGCGUCGGCAGCAAUUUGCCGGCGACAUCUCACAACCUCAACCACCCGGCCCCCCGCCUCGAUCCAGCAGCAGCAUUCCACGCCCGCCGCACCCCACAGGGCACCACCCACCGCAGUCCAGUCCCUCGGCAAGACCAAGACCGGCCGCGACCUGCGCAUCCGCAGCUACCCACGCUUCGCCACCCUGGAGGAGGAGCGGCAGUACCGCAAGGAGCACCUCGCAGCCGCCUUCCGCGUCUUCGCGGACAGAGGCUACGACGAGGGCGUGGCAGGCCACAUCUCUGUCCGGGACCCGAUCCUGACAGACCAUUUCUGGCUGAACCCCCUGUCGGCGCACUUCUCGCAGAUCCGCGUGUCGGACCUGAUCCUCGUCGACGAGGGCGGCGCCAUCGUGGAGGGGGACGAGCCGAUCAACACUGCCGCUUUCACCAUCCACAGCGCCGUCCACCGCGGCCGACCGGAUGUUCACGCUGCUUGCCAUGCGCAUAGUGUCUAUGGGAAGGCGUUUAGUGCGUUUGGGAGGGAGCUGGAGAUGAUCACGCAGGACUCGCUGCGGUUUUAUGGGAGCCAUGCUGUGUACCGGCAUUUUGGCGGCGUGGUGGUUGAUGCCGAUGAGGGGGCGAGGAUCGCGGGUGCUUUGGGCAAUGGGAAGGCUGUCAUCCUGCAGAAUCAUGGACUUUUGACUGUGGGACAGAGCGUCGAUGAGGCUGCUUUCUGGUUCAUGUCUCUGGACCGCACGUGUCAGGCUCAGCUGCUGGCGGAUGCUGCCGCUGCAGGUGGGUAUGAGAAGGUACUGAUCGACGAGGACGAGUGCAAGUUUUCGGCGCAGAGUGUCGGAGGCCCGGAGAAGGGGUGGCUUGCCUUUCAGCCGUAUUAUGAUGAGGUUCUGGCCAGGACGAAGGGGGAUUUUUUGACGUGA